GGAGCCUCUUUUUGUCAUCAUUCAUCAUCAUCGUCAUCAGCAGCUAUUCAUUCAUUCUGAGCUCACGCCAAGCAUUCUAUAGUCUAAACAAACAAAUGCAAUCAAUGCCACUCUUUCUUUACUCCCUAGAACAACUAGAACCCUUUUCUUUUUCUUGUUCCCUCCUCCUCCUCCCUGCCCCUCUCUCUUUUGUGCUUCUAGUCUAGAGUAUACGACCAAUGAGGAAACCAGAGAGUAAAAGGGUCGAUUCUAUGGCAUCGGGUUUUGUAUGUCGCUCUGAAAAGACUUCUUGGUCAAGCUUGGAAGAGAAGAGGCAAUUAGUCCACGAAAUUGCUCAGUGCUUAGACGAUGCUCCAGCAGUCCUGAACUCAUUUACACGGAAAGAACUUCUUGAAAUAAUAUGUGCUGAAGUAGGCAAAGAGUGCAAGUGCUCUGGAUUCACAAAGCCUAAAAUGAUAGAGUACCUUUUAGAGUUGGUAACCAGGAAGUGCAACAAGGAAACCAUUAAAAACUUGGCUCCUCCUUCCCCCUCACAAGAUGAAAAGAAAUUCAAUAAGCAACGGAAGAACAAAUAUCUAUCCCAACUAACCACUGAAUCUGAUCAAUCUUACGCGGAAAUCAUGGUCGAAGACCAAAAAUUACUACUAUGUGGCAACCUUGCAUGCAGAGCUGCUCUGAGCACAGAUGAUGCAUUUUGCAAAAGAUGUUCUUGCUGUAUAUGUCACCAAUAUGAUGAAAACAAGGAUCCUAGUCUGUGGUUAACCUGUGAUUAUAAUUACCCUGAGGAAGGUGAACUUUGUGGAAUAUCAUGCCAUCUGAAAUGUGUCCUUGAGCAUGAGCCUAUGGGGAUGAAGAAUCAAGAUUCUUCUGCAAAUCUAGAUGGGUAUUUCUGCUGUGUUUCUUGUCGAAAAUCUAAUGAAGUGAUGAGAACCUGGAGAAAACAAUUGGUUGUAGCCAAAGAGGCAAGGAGAGUGGAUGUCCUCUGUCUACGGCUCUCCCUAAGCUAUAAGAUUCUGGUAGGAACCAACAAGUACAAGGAACUACUGAAAAUCGUUGAAUCUGCUGUGACAGUCCUGGAAAAUGAAGUCGGGCCUCUACAUCGGGCAUCAGCAACUAUGGACCGGAGAAUUGUUAAUAGACUCUCUUGUGGUGCUCAAGUUCAGAAGUUGUGUGCCUCUGCAGUAGAAGCUUUUGAUCGCAUGAUGGCCAGCAAAUGCUUUGAUCAUGUAAAUGAGAUGGAAUCACCAGCAAUCAAAAUACACUUUGAAGCAUCCUCUCCAGCAAAAGUAACCAUUGUCUUGGAGUAUGAAGAUUGUAUCUUGAAGGAUAUUCUAGGCUGCAGGCUUUGGUAUCGAAGAUAUGACAGGGAUUAUCCACAGGAACCAACUUAUGCUGUAUUAGCGCCAGUGGAGAGACUUGAAUUGUAUGACCUAGAUCCUUCAACCCAAUAUUUCUGCAAGAUUUCAGUCGAUGGUGAAACUAGAACCCCUCUGGGAGUUUGUGAAGCUAACUGGAUAACACCUGCACAAGCGGCAGGAGAACACACUAACGAACAUAACUCCCAGAUGCGGACAGAGUCAAUGAAUUCCAGUGACGGCAAAGUUGCUUUAAGUGAUGAUCACUCGAAGGAACUGUCGUUUAGUGAGUACGGAAACAAGAGUGAUGGGUCUCCUACAUUACCUUCUCCCAUGAAGAAUGUCUCUCUAGCAAGUCCCAGCUCAAAUGCUCCAUCAACGCCUUGUAAAUCUGAUGGAACUACGGGGAUGCCACAGCUGGUUAGCAAGAGGCAGGUGAAGGAAACUGACUAUGAGUAUGCAGUAAGGGUUAUCAGAAAAUUGGAGCACGAAGGGCACCUAGGAUCAGAUUUCAGGGUGAAGUUUCUCGCCUGGUUUAGCUUGAAAGCCACAGUGCAAGAGAAAAGGGUAGUCAGCGUUUUCGUGGACACCUUUGUCGAUGAUCCUUCAAGCUUGGCCGGGCAGCUACUUGAUACCUUCGAAGAUGAGAUUUGCAGUGAGGAGAAAUUGGCUUCUUCACACAGAUUCUGCACUAGAUUGUGGCAUUAGCUUCAUUUUUAUUUUUUUUUGUGGAAAGAAAGAGUGGUAGUUGUUGUUGCAUAGGUCCUUUUGAACCUGUACAAGACAAUCUUUUGCAAUUUUGGGCUCGGAGAAUUGCUGGUUGUUUCCUUGCUAACUUGUAAUUUUGAUAUCUCUCAGUCAAAUAGAAAGAAGAAAGUGCCCUCAAACU